AUGGCAACAGGUGUUUUUAAAUUAUCAGCAUAUUGUCGGCACUUAAAGGAAAAACAGUGCUUAGCAAUGUCAAUGACUAUACGUGAAAAAUAUAAUAAUUCAAUUAAUAACGGAAAUUCUGCAAAUCGAUCAAAUAGUUCUUCGUCAAAACGAACUCGGUCACCACCAAGACACACAACUUUGAACACAAAAGAAAAUGUCUUAAAAAAGAGCAAAUCAUCAUCUUCAUCGUCAUAG